AUGUCUUUAAAGAUCUCAAAAGAUCAAAAUGAAGAAGUUGAUGAAAUCAUGAGUGAUUCAAACACCCCUUUAUCAUCAUCAACAGACUCUUCUGUUGAACUGAAGAAGAGAAAAUCAACAGUUUCAACAACCGCCUCACCAAAUUCAAUUAUUGAUCCUUUUUUACCUGAAGAAUUUUCACAUUUAUCUGAUCAAGUUUUACCAUCAAUUGAAGAUGAAGAAAUUGCAGAAAAGGGAUAUCAUACAUGGGAAAUAAAAGAUUAUAAGGCAUUAAAUGAAUCAAAAGUUCAUGGUCCUACUUUCAAUGUGGGCGGUAUAGAUUGGAAUAUCUUGUUAUUUCCAAAAGGUAAUUCAAAUCAACAUUUAGCUCUGUAUCUAGAACCUUUACAACCAAAGAAAACCAAUGAAGAAACUGGUGAAGAAGAACCAUUAGAUCCUAACUGGUAUGUUUGUGCUCAAUUUACUUUAGUAAUUUCAAAUCCAAAUAAUUCAAAGAAUUAUGUUUUGAACACUUCUCAUCAAAGAUUUAAUAAAGAUGCUACAGAUUGGGGGUUUUCAAAUUUUGUUGAUUUAAAAGCUUUAUAUCAACCAAGAAAGGAUAAUAGCGCUUUGAUUUCAGAUGAUAAAUUAAAUAUAACUGCUUUCAUCAAAAUAUUAAAAGAUCCAACUGGUGUUUUAUGGCAUAAUUUUAUUGAUUAUGAUUCUAAAAAGGAAACUGGAUUUGUUGGUUUCAAGAAUCAAGGUGCUACAUGUUAUCUAAAUUCCCUUUUACAAUCUUAUUUCUUUACUAAGAGUUUUAGAAAAGCUGUAUAUAAAAUCCCUACAGAAGGUGAAUCACCAAAUGAUAGUGUUGCAUUGGCUUUACAAAGAAUUUUUUAUCAAUUACAACAAUCUGAUGAUCCUAUUGAUACUUUAGAAUUGACAAAAUCCUUUGGUUGGGAUACAGGUGAUGCUUUCACUCAACAUGAUGUUCAAGAAAUGAAUAGAAUCUUAAUGGAUAGGUUAGAAGCAAGAAUGAAAGGUACAAGUGCCGAAGAUUCUUUAAAUAAUACAUUUGUGGGGAAAAUGAAGAGUUAUAUCAAAUGUAUUAAUGUUGAUUAUGAAUCUGCAAGAAGUGAAGAAUUUUGGGAUAUUCAAUUAAAUGUUAAGAAUUUAGCAAAUUUAACUCAAUCUUUCCAAAAUUAUAUUGAAGUUGAAUUAAUGAGUGGUGAAAAUCAAUAUGCCGCUCAAGAUUUUGGUUUACAAGAUGCUAAAAAAGGUGUUAUUUUUGAAAGUUUCCCAAAUGUUUUACAUUUACAAUUGAAAAGAUUUGAAUAUGACUUUAAUUAUGACCAAUUAGUCAAGAUUAAUGAUCGUCAUGAAUUUCCAGAUUCAAUUGAUUUAAGCCCAUUCUUGGAACAUUCUGAAGGUUCAAAUCCUGAUCCAUUAAUUUAUGAUCUACAUGGUGUUUUGGUUCAUGCAGGUGAUAUAUCAACAGGUCAUUAUUAUGCAAUGAUUAAACCUGACAAGACCAAUAAUUGGUAUAGAUUUGAUGAUGAUAAAGUUUGGAAAGUUACAAAAAGACAAGUAUUUGAUGAAAAUUUUGGUCUUGAUGCUUUGGAUAAUACUCAAUUGGUUAAGAUGACAAGACUUCAAUAUCAAAAUUAUCAAUUACGUCGUCAUACAAGUGCUUAUAUGUUGGUUUAUAUCAAGAGAUCCGAAUUAGAUUCAGUCUUACAAGAUGUCACUGAAAAAGAUGUUCCAAGUUAUAUUGUUGAUGAAGUUCAAAAAGAAAUUGAAGAGCGUGAAAGAGAACGUAAAGAAUUAGAAGAAAGUUAUCUGUAUUUGAAUAUCAAUUUUUACUCUGAUUCAUUAUUUAAACAUUAUCAAGGAUUUGAUCUUGGUGAUGGUGAAAAAUCAAUUAUUCCAGGUCCUUAUACAGAUGAAGAUAAACCUACAACUUUGAAAAUUUUGAAGACUAAAAAAUUCACUGAAAUUUUCUCUGAAUUGAAUGAGUUAUUUGGUAUUGAUUCUGAACGUGUUAAUUUCUGGAUUAUGAAUUAUCGUCGUAAUCAUACUUUAAGACCAUCUGUUAAAUUACAAUUUGAUGAUUUAACUGUUGGUGAAAUUUAUGACAAAUUUUUAUCUAAGAAACAUUCAACUGCAAAUCUUUGGAUUGAAGACCCAACCAAAGAACUAAACUAUUUAAUUGGUGAAGAACAACCUAUUGGUGAAGAACCUGAAAAUGAAUAUUCAGAAAAAAUUUUAAUGUUUGUUAAAUAUUUUGAUUCAGAAAAUCAAACAUUAAAAGGUUUAACUCAUUUUUAUACAGAAUCUGAUGAUACUAUAGAAUCAGUUACUCCUAAAAUUAAUAAACUUUUAGGAUGGGAUCCAAAUACUAAACUUGAUUUGUUUGAAGAAAUUCAACCAACUUCAAUUGAUGUAUUACAAACAGCUCAAACAUUCCAUAAAUCAGAAUUAUCAAAUGGUGAUAUAAUUACAGUUCAAAAAUCAGUUAUUAAUAUCACUGAAGCAGAUUUGUUAUCAUCAAACCCAAAGGAUAUUUAUCCAUACUAUGCAUCAGCUAAUUUAUUUUAUGAAUAUUUACGUACAAGGGUCAAUGCUAAAGCUGAACCAUUAACAAACGCCGCUGAUGAUGAUGAAUAUGUUUUAGUUAAUAGUAAAGAUCCACAAUCUAAUGAUUUAUCAGAAUCUUCAGCUACAGAACCUUUUGAUUUCUGGAUUUCAACUCAUGCAAGUUAUGAUGAGUUAUCUAAAAGGAUUAGUAAACAUGCAAAUGUUGAUCCUAAAUAUUUGAGAAUAUUUGCUAGUUUUAGUGGUAAUAAAUUACCAAUGAAGACAGAUAUGGUUGUCGGUAAUGUUAUUCAUAAGACUGCUUAUAAUAUCACUGUUCCAGUCUUCGAAUAUGAAGUUUUGAAUAUCCCUCUGCAUCAACUAGAAAAUAUGAAACAAAUUAAAGUUCAUUGGUUAACAUCAGGUUAUGUCCACUAUCAAAAUAUUGAAGUAUUGAUUCCAAAGACUGGUACUGUUAAAGAUAUAAUUGAUAAAUUACAACUGAAAACUGGGUUCAAAGAUGAAGAUAAAGAAAAUAUUCUUGUUUGGGCUAAUAUUAACUUCAAAUUCUAUCAUAUUCUAUAUCCAGAAAUUUCUGUUAAUCAAAUAGAACAAACAAUGACUGUAUUUGCUGCUAAUUUACCAGAGGAAACAAAACUUAUUGAAACUCAAUUCAACAACGAAGAUUUACCUGAUGUUGAUGAAAAUGGUAAUGCUAAAAACCAAGAAAGAUUGGUCCCAGUUAUACAGUUCAAUAAAGAUCCAUCCAGAUUACACGGAAUUUCAUUUAUUUUUAAUUUAUUGCCUGAUGAAAAAUUAUCAGAAACUAAAUCACGUUUACAAAAGAAAUUUGGUUUAGGUCAAAGAGAAUUUAGUAAAGUAAAUAUUUGUGUUUGGGAUGCACAAUUUAGAAGACCACAUUAUUUAGAAGAUGAUGAUCUGAUUACCUUUGAUGAAGUUACAGAAAGUGACUUUUUGUGUUUGGAUCACCCAAAUCGUACAAGUCGUCAAGGUAGCUUACAAGGUGGUGGUAUUUCUAUUAAAUGA